AUGCAGGCUUCUUUCCCGCAAAAUGGUACUCAAAGCUCUGGAACACAGCAAAUGAAAACGCAUAAGAAAGGGGUGGUUGUUUCGGGUGCGUUUGUAAUACCGAAACAAAAGAUACGAAAACUGGAGCGCCAAAUCACAUUGUAUGACACCGCUCCGAUCAAUGGGUCGAAGCCGACGCCGGAAAAACCGGUCCUCCCGCAAGUCGUCGAGCGAUGGUUAAUUGGUACUGGUUUAUACGGCCUAGCGUAG